GUUACUGGACUCCUGUUUAACAUGGGUGCUGGAUCUCUCCAACCUGGUAACCUGGUUACCUGGUACUCCAACCUGGUAAUCAUCCUGCUCAUGACUACAGGGUGUCUGGGUCAGGACAACGGGAGUGUGACUUACACCCCCAGGAGAGUCUGCUCUUUAGAGGGCUCUUCUGUGACCAUGCCCUGCUCUUACACAUUUCCCAAGGGUCACAAAGUCACAACAGCUUUCUGGUUCAAAGGUCAAGUGCCUGGUGCGGAGUCUCUGGAUCUGAAUUUGAACCCUGAGUACAAAGGCCGUGUGGAGUAUCUAGGGGACAGUAACCAACUCUGUACACUGAGAAUCACAGACCUGAGAGAGAGCGAUUCAGGAACCUACAGCUUCCUGUUUGGGACUGACGUCAAUCCUGGGGGGUGGAUGGGGAAUCCAGGAGUCAGGUUAAAUGUCACAGGGCUCCAUGUUGAUUUGACCCCUGACCUAGCUUUGGAUGGCGAGUGGGCAGACCUGACCUGUGGCUCCUGCUUCUUGAGUGAAAAUCCCAACUACACCUGGUACAAGGACAAACAGCCUUUGAACUACACCAACAAGGUCAAGGUUAUGGCCAACUACCUGGAACUAGACCCGGUAGGCAGGGAAGAUGCAGGCAGCUACUCCUGUGCGGUGAGCAGCAGAGAGGAUUCCCCUGGUCCGGCAGUGAUCCUUGUAGUGGGAUACUUCCCAAAGAACACCUCAGUGUCAGUCACAGUCAGUCCCUCUGGUGAAAUAGUGGAGGGCAGAUCAGUGACUCUGACCUGCAGCAGUGAUGCCAAGCCACCAGUGGACAAAUACACCUGGUACAAGAAGAAUGAAGAACGGACGGGGUUCUCAGAAACAGGAUCAGGGCAGAGUUACAUCAUCCUUAACAUCAGCAAUGAGGACAGUGGGCAGUACUUCUGUAAGACUGAGAAUCAAUACGGACCACUUGACUCUGCAACUGUGCAUCUCAGUAUAGCAGGUAAACCAGUGUUUCCCUGGGCUCCCGUUGUGGGGGUGGUGGCUGUGUUGGCAGCUGGAGCUCUGCUCGUCAUCCUCUAUGACACACUGAAGAAGAGGAAAACCCCAAGAGGAAUGGACUUUAUAGGGGAGGCACAGAUGGUACCUUGUGGUAAACCGACACACACGGCACAGUCUGAUGACACGUACAUGACUCUGAAUAAAAGGACAAUGUCUCCUGAGUAUGACACUCUGGCUAAUGUCAGAAACACUGUUGGCUGAAGAAGACCCUAUGCCUGCGACCUCAACAUAAAUAGGGUUAGAAGUGAACACCAUAUAACCGUUUGAAAAUUAUUAAAAAGGGUAUAAUUUUUAAAUGAUCAAA